ACUCACUCACUCUCUCACACAAUCUGCCCUCCUGCAACUCCCAGCAGCAGUCAGCUCAGCAGAGCCUACAGCUCCUUUGAUUCUCUCUAUUUUUGCUUUAAUUUACAUCAGAAGCCUUGGAACUGUACAAAAUUUCUUUUUUUCUGAAAAAGGAAGGGAUACUUUUUUUUUGUUAAAGAUCUUCUCUACUGCAGCAUGGAGAUCACUACUGCGGAAUAUGUUGAUAACUAUGACUACUAUGAUGACAAUGAGACUGCACAAUGUGACUUCUCAGAGUGGGAGCCCUCUUACUCUCUCAUCCCGGUCCUCUACAUGCUCAUCUUCAUCCUGGGCCUGUCAGGUAACGGCGUGGUCAUCUUUACUGUCUGGAGAUCCAAAUCAAAACGUCGGGCUGCAGAUGUCUACAUAGGAAAUCUGGCCAUUGCAGACCUCACCUUUGUUAUAACCCUGCCUCUGUGGGCUGUGUACACAGCUCUGGGCUACCACUGGCCCUUUGGUGUGGCUCUGUGCAAGAUCAGCAGCUACGUUGUUCUGGUCAACAUGUACGCCAGUGUUUUCUGCCUUACCUGCCUGAGCUUUGACCGCUACCUGGCCAUUGUGCACUCACUGUCAAGCAGCAGGCUGCGCUCUCGGGGCACCAUGCUGGCCUCUUUGGGUGCCAUUUGGUUCCUGUCCGGCCUGCUGGCUGUGCCAACGCUGCUCUUCCGCACCACAGUGAACGACCAAAACAGCAACCGGACCACGUGUGCCAUGGACUUCAGCUUGGUGACCAUGAACCAGAGGCACGAGUACCUCUGGAUUGCUGGGCUCAGCCUGUCCUCCUCUGCCUUGGGGUUUCUCCUACCUUUCUUGGCCAUGACCAUCUUCUACUGCUUCAUCGGCUGCACCGUCACACGCCACUUCAACAACUUGCGCAAGGAGGACCAGAAGAAGAAGCGGCUGCUGAAGAUCAUCACCACACUGGUGGUGGUGUUUGCCAUCUGCUGGACUCCAUUCCACGUCCUAAAGAGCAUGGACGCCCUCUCCUACCUGAACCUGGCUCCCAACUUCUGUGGCUUCCUGCGCUUCCUGCUGCUGGCUCACCCCUACGCUACCUGCCUGGCCUAUGUCAACAGCUGCCUCAAUCCCUUCUUGUAUGCCUUCUUUGACCUGCGCUUUCGUUCCCAAUGUCUGUGCCUGCUCAACCUGAAGAAGGCUAUGCAUGGCCAGAUGAGCUCAAUGUCAUCCACACUCAGCGCCCAGACUCAGAAGUCAGAGAUUCAGUCUCUUGCCACCAAGGUGUAGAGGCUAAAAGGAAAGGUGGAGUGGGGCUGCGGGUUGGCUCCAGCUGUAACCACUGGAACACAUGUAAAAAAGACUUCAUGUGUCCAUUGUUCAAAGCUGGUAAGCUGAGGUGAUAAACUUUCACUGCUCACAGUCAUGAAUUCCAUAAUAAGUUCCUCCUAUUCUACAGCGCGAGAUGGGGAUGCUCUGUAUGUUGUGUGGACUUGAAGCCCGGAGCCAGCUGGCUGAACUCUUGAGCUGCUUUGUUCCUCAAAUUCUCCGAG